GAGCAGAAGUCGGGUGAAACAAACAGAACGGAAGUCUGGUGUACCUCACAGAGCGGAAGUCGGCUUUGUAACAGUUUCCGGGAGGGGGAGUAUAUAGAGGAACACAGGGGUCUGUACAAGGACGUGAUGAUGGAGAAUCGCCGGCCCCUCACAUCACUGGAUGGGCCCAGUAACAGAGAUACCCCAGAGAGAUGUCCCCGUCCUCUGUAUUCCCAGGAUUGUACCGAGGAGAAUCACAGGACCCCACAGGAGGAUCAGUCUGAAUACUUGUCUGAUAUAAAGCUACAAGUUAUAAAGGGAGAAGAAGAGACAUAUGUGACUGAUAUAAAGGAAGAAGAUAUAGAUGGAGAAGAGACGUAUGUGACUGAUAUAAAGGCAGAAGAUACAGAGGGAGAAGAAGAGACGUAUGUGACUGAUAUAAAGGCAGAAGAUAUAGAGGGAGAAAAAGAGACAUAUGUGACUGAUAUAAAUGCAGAAGAUAUAGAUGGAGAAGAAGAGACGUAUGUGACUGAUAUAAAGGCAGAAGAUAUAGAGGGAGAAGAAGAUACGUAUGUGACUGAUAUAAAGGCAGAAGAUAUAGAGGGAGAAGAAGAGACGUAUGUGACUGAUAUAAAGGCAGAAGAUAUAGAGGGAGCAGAAGAGACGUAUGUGACUGAUAUAAAGGCAAAAGAUACAGAGGGAGAAGAAGAGACGUAUGUGACUGAUAUAAAGGCAGAAGAUAUAGAGGGAGAAGAAGAGACGUAUGUGACUGAUAUAAAGGCAGAAGAUAUAGAGGGAGAAGAAGAGACGUGUGUGAGAGGUGAUCAGCAGUGUAAGGAGGAGGAGAUCCCUACAGAUACCAGCACAGCAGAUGCAGACUGCUACAAGAAUACUUCAGGUGGUCAUCUCCGUUUAUCUGCAGAAGGUGGAAUAAAGGAUGACAUCAAAGGAGAUUCUACAAGAGAAAAUUAUUUGACACCGAUGAUAAAUUCAGUGCUACUUGCUUCAUAUAUGUCAUCUGGCACUGUUUAUCAUGAGGGAUGUUCUCCUCCUAACUCUAUUACAGCUCUUACAGUGGAGAACACAUUUCCCUGUUCUAUAGAUACCAACUGUUUUACCCAGAACACACAAUUUAAUACCCAUCAGCCAGCUAAGACAGGAGAGAGGCCAUUUUCAUGCCCUGAGUGCGGGAAAUGUUUUACACGGGAAUCACAUUUUGUUAUACAUCAGAGAAGUCACACGGGUGAGAGACCAUUUAUAUGCUCUGAGUGUGGGAAAUGUUUUAUGCAGAAAUCACAUCUUGUUGCACAUCAGAGAAGUCACACAGGUGAGAAGCCAUUUUCAUGUGCCGAGUGCGGGAAGUGUUUUAUACAGAAAUCAUCUCUUGUUACACAUGAGAAAAGUCACACAGGUGAGAAACCAUUUCCAUGCUCUGAGUGUGGGAAAUGUUUUAUACAGAAAUCAAAUCUUGUCACACAUCAGAGAAUUCACACUGGUGAGAAGCCAUUUCCAUGUUCUGAGUGUGGGAAAUGUUUUGCACACAAAUCACAUCUUGUUAGACAUCUGAGAAGUCACACAGGUGAGAAGCCAUUUCUAUGCUCUGAGUGUGGGAAAUGUUUUACACUGAAAUCAAAUCUUAUAACACAUAAGAGAAGUCACACAAGUGAUAAGAUAUGUCCUUGCUCUGAGUGUGGGAAAUGUUUUACACAGAAAACUGACCUUGCUAUACAUCAGAGAAGUCACACAGGAGUGAAGCGGUUUCCAUGCUCUGAGUGUUGGAAAUGUUUUAAACACAAGUCAGCUCUUGUUGCUCAUAUGAAAAUUCACACAGGUGAGAAUCUGUUUUCAUGUCCUGAGUGUGGGAAAUGUUUUACACGGGAAUCACAUUUUGUUAUACAUCAGAGAAGUCACACGGGUGAGAGACCAUUUAUAUGCUCUGAGUGUGGGAAAUGUUUUAUGCAGAAAUCAAAUCUUGUUGCACAUCAGAGAAGUCACACAAGUGAGAAGCCAUUUUCAUGUGCCGAGUGCGGGAAGUGUUUUAUACAGAAAUCAUCUCUUGUUACACAUGAGAAAAGUCACACAGGUGAGAAACCAUUUCCAUGCUCUGAGUGUGGGAAAUGUUUUAUACAGAAAUCAAAUCUUGUCACACAUCAGAGAAUUCACACUGGUGAGAAGCCAUUUCCAUGUUCUGAGUGUGGGAAAUGUUUUGCACACAAAUCACAUCUUGUUAGACAUCUGAGAAGUCACACAGGUGAGAAGCCAUUUCCAUGCUCUGAGUGUGGGAAAUGUUUUACACUGAAAUCAAAUCUUAUAACACAUAAGAGAAGUCACACAAGUGAUAAGAUAUGUCCUUGCUCUGAGUGUGGGAAAUGUUUUACACAGAAAACUGACCUUGCUAUACAUCAGAGAAGUCACACAGGAGUGAAGCGGUUUCCAUGCUCUGAGUGUUGGAAAUGUUUUAAACACAAGUCAGCUCUUGUUGCUCAUAUGAAAAUUCACACAGGUGAGAAUCUGUUUUCAUGUCCUGAGUGUGGGAAAUGUUUUACACGAGACUCGCAUCUUGUUAGACAUCAGAGAAGUCACACUGGUGAAAAACCAUUUCCAUGUUCUGAGUGUGGGAAAUGUUUUACACAGGAGUCACAUCUUGUUAGACAUGAAAAAAGUCACAGGUGAUAAAUUAUUUCCAUAUUCUGAGUUUAGGAAAUGUUUUAUACUGGAAUCGCAUCUUGUUAAGGAACUCACCGAAUUGUGAGUCCUUGAAGUGACUUGUCGGGUUUAAUACUAUUUAGGUCGAGUGCAAAGUCUACCUGGUUUCAGAUUUCUACCACGGAAUCCCAAAAGGAGUUUUGGUUUUUGCUGCGGACACCCUUCAGGUCACGACACACUUGGUAGGAACCAGACGUGGUUAGCUGGAACCAAAAGGACACUAACAGAAGUGUAAGAUUCUAACAAAAUUCUGUGGCCAGGCCGGUUCCUCUAAACUUUUAUAUACCUGGCGAACCUGCUUCAGAAGAGUAGAUCAGAAUGUCAUCCAGGUACGCUAUUGCAAUCUAUCCUAAAAAGUCACUUAGAACAUCCGUUAUUAGGUCCUGAAAGACCAUUGGGGCAUUGCAGAUCCUCAGUGAUAUUCAUAAUGACCUUUGUGAGUACAGAACCCUGUCUUCCGCUUGUCCCUCUCAUCCACAUUAAACAAUAAGCCUCUUGCAGAUCAGUUUUAGUAAAUACUGAUACCUCUGUCAAUUGAUCAAACCGUUCUGGGAUCAGCAAUGGGUAUUGGUUCUUUUCUAGUCAUUUUACUGAGGCCUCUGAAACCAAUACAUGGUCUCAGACCUCCGUCCUAAUGAAGAAUAAUGUCUGAUGAAUCCCUUCUAGAGAUUCUUUCCAAGUAUUCAUUAUCUUUAAGUUCAAGAGUUGAUGAUGAAAGUAUCUUCCUCUGGACAAUUUGGUGGAAGAUAUCCAAUCAAAUAUGCAAUCCCAGGUUCUAUUGGGCGGCAUUGAGUCUGUUACCUUUUUACAGAAGGACAUGACUUAUAUCCUCAUUGGCUACUAGAAUACUUUGAAAAGGCUUAAUCAUAUGGGCAACUUAGGACCACUUCUGGUACAUUAGUCUUGCCGGAGAUGGAUAAGACCAGUUGUCCAGUCAAAACUGGGUUACGCUUAUCCUGGGAAUUCUAGGGUCAGAUGGUAAGAGGAAGACAUAAAAGGGAAUGGUCUCUGACUGUAGCCAUUAAUGUGUGUGGAAUACAAGGUACAAGAAGGAAACCUCUAUCCAAGUGGUGAACAUUGACUUUUAUUGUCUUUAUAUCAAAUGUUUAAAUUUGUAAACCACAGAAAUGUAUUUGGAGGAUGUGAAUUAGUGAAAAUAAAAAUGACAGUAAUUCC